AUGUCGCAAUUUCAAGAGCAACUAGAGAAUGUCCCCGGCUAUGACAUUGUCAUGGAUAAAUUCAAUGAGUACGCCGAAGACCAUUGGAACAACACUGAUCCAUACACUGAUAAAACCACUGGUAAAAAAUUAAAACUCCCACCUGAUAUAACUACAAGACAAGAACAAAAAGCCUGGGCCAAGAUUCAAUCUAUGGCAUGGACUCAUGAUAAAUGUCUAUGUGGAUCAUGUGGCGUGGGCAUGGAUUGUGGAUUGGGUUUAGUACCAUUCUCAGUCUUCUUUUUCCCCGUAUUGGGGCCAUUGGUGAUGUAUAUGAUACAUAUGAGAUUGGUUUCUUUAGCUAAUGAACAAUUUCAUUUACCUAAUAAAUUAAUGGCUCAAAUGCAAGCAAAUAUUGGAUUUGAUUUAUUGAUUACGUUUCCGCCUAUAAUUGGUAGUUUCUUUGGAUGGAUUCAUCAAUGCUCUACUAGGAAUGCAGGGAUGAUAUAUUGUUGUGUGGUGAAGAUGGCUAAAGAGAGACAAGCACAAGGUGGGGUGAAGUAUAGUGGAAGUGGUAUUACUGCUGGACAAUAUAGUGGGAAUGAAGCUCAUUUUGGUCAGGUGCAGCCACUGAGUAGGGGUGUGCAAGCAUCAGCACCACAACAACACCAGCAACAGCAGAGGAAUGUACGAAGUGGACAGUAUAGUGAGCCACAACAACCUAAACCAGCUUAUACGCAACGUUCUCUGCGAGGUAAAAGAAAUGUACAGAACUCAAUCGAAGUUGGUCAUCAGCAACAAUCGGGAUUUAUAUGA